UUGCUGUUUUUUAUGAGUAGACAGGAUGUCUUCUCCUCUGAUUGGACUUUAAAAGGCUCCUGUCCCUCUGAAUGAAUGACCAGUUGGCUUUUAGGACACCUCAAGGAAACGUUCCUUCUUCAUUUACGGGAUGUACUUCCAAUGACAGGAAGCUCUGGAAAUUCUGACCUGAAGCCGUUUCCAUUUGGAUUUAUCUUAUUAUUUAACCGUUUUUAUUGAUGAACUUGGCAGCUUUGAUAUGGCACUUUAUGUAGAAGGUCUGAGUAAAGGAGUGGCCAACGGAGGGAUGGCUCAGUUCCAGGAGAUGAUGCGGCAGCAGCUGGAGAGCUCCAUGCACGCCGAGCUGGAGAAGCUGCUGGACACCAGCACAGGGGCCGAGAGAGAGGUGUCCAAGAAAGAUUUCGAGGGCUUCAAGAACAUUUUCCACAGAUUUCUGCAGGUGAAGGGACCAUCCGUGGAGUGGAUCAAGAUCCAGAGACCUCCAGAAGACUCGAUCCAGCCGUAUGAUAAGAUCGCUGCUCGAGGUCUGCCCGACAACGUGGCCGACAGCCUGAACAAACUGGUGGUGGUGAAGCUGAACGGAGGUCUGGGCACCAGCAUGGGGUGUAAGGGCCCCAAGAGCCUGAUCAGCGUCCGCAACGAGAACACCUUCCUGGACCUCACCGUGCAGCAGAUAGAGCACCUAAACAAGACGUACAACACCGACGUCCCUCUGGUCCUCAUGAACUCUUUCAACACAGACGAAGACACAAAGAAAAUCCUGCAGAAGUACACACACCACCGGGUCAAGAUCCACACCUUUAACCAGAGCAGGUAUCCUCGCAUCAACAAAGAGUCCCUCCUCCCGGUGUCCACCAACCUGAGCAUGACCGGGCAGAACUCGGAGGGCUGGUACCCUCCCGGCCACGGCGACAUCUACGCCAGCUUCCACAACUCCGGCCUGCUGGACCAGCUGAUCGCUCAGGGCAAAGAGUACAUCUUUGUGUCCAACAUCGACAACCUGGGAGCCACCGUGGACCUCCACAUCCUGCACCACCUGGUCAGCCAGCCCAACGGCAAACGCUGCGAGUUCGUCAUGGAGGUGACGGAUAAGACGCGAGCCGACGUGAAGGGCGGCACUCUGAUCCAGUAUGAAGGGAAGCUGCGUCUGCUGGAGAUCGCCCAGGUGCCCAAAGCACACGUGGACGAGUUCAAAUCGGUCUCCAAGUUCAAGAUCUUCAACACCAACAACUUGUGGAUCUCUCUGGCUGCCAUCAAGAGGCUGCAGGAGCAGAAGGCCAUCGACAUGGAGAUCAUCGUCAACCCCAAGACUCUGGACGGCGGGCAGAACGUCGUCCAGCUGGAGACAGCGGUCGGCGCCGCCAUCAAAAGCUUCGACAACGCUCUGGGAAUCAACGUUCCUCGCAGCCGCUUCCUGCCGGUGAAGACCACGUCGGAUCUGCUGCUGGUCAUGUCCAACCUGUACAGCCUGGACGCCGGUUCCCUCACCAUGAGCCCGAAGAGAGAGUUCCCGACGACGCCUCACGUCAAGCUGGGCAGCUCCUUCACCAAGGUCCAGGAGUAUCUGACCCGCUUCGAGAGCAUCCCAGACAUGCUGGAGCUCGACCAUCUCACCGUGUCUGGAGACGUCACCUUCGGAAAAAACGUGUCUCUGAAGGGCACCGUCAUCAUCAUCGCCAACCACGGGGAUCGGAUUGAUAUUCCAGCCGGCUCCAUGCUGGAAAACAAAAUCGUAUCCGGAAACCUGCGCAUCCUGGACCACUGAGGCCUUCCCACCCCCCGCCCUCAUCAUGUGACCCGGCUGGAGUGUGAUUGCAUGUGCAGUGCUCCUCUGCAGCCUGGGAUAUAGCGCCCUCUACAGGCUGUUUACCAGAAAACUCUCUAAAGUAUUGAUGAUGGGCGUCUCUUCAAACUAAUCUUUAUCGACAUUAGAGUGAAAAACAACUAAUCAGAUUCUGUUUCUGUCUUUUUUUCUCACUGUAGUGAUAUAAAAUAGACUUAAACUAAAUAGAGGGACUCUAAUAAUAUGAAUAAUAUAAACAGGAUUCUAAUGAGACUAGAGAUAUUUAGAUUUUAUUCUGACCACUUUGAGCACUGCUAAUGCAAUCACACUGUGUUCUAACACACAGAGGCACCGUCAUGGAAGUUCUGAGCGUUUAUUUCAAGCACAAAGACUUCACUGCAGCGUUCUGACGUGGUUCCACACUUCAGGUACCAACAAAGUACUUCUGUAAUGUAAUAUACAACUAGAUUCUGGUCAUUUGUACAUUAUCUCCUGUAUAUAUCUGGAGCUGGAGUCCAGCAGCUCGCAUGUUGCUUUUCUAGUGCAAAACGCAGAUGAAGGUUGUGUGAAAAUCAUCAAAAAUAAAAUGAUUGACUUGUAAAAUAAUCCUUAGAUUAGUCACGGACCUCAGAUGAUCUUACUGUUAACCAGAAAUGGAACAAUGACUAAAUUUCUCUCCAUUUCAGUUCAUUUGUUAAACGACACAGAGCGACAUCAUGUUCCUUUAGUACUGAAUGUUCAUCCUCCUCCUGUUUUCUGGAGGAGUAGCAGCUAAACGCUCCGCUGUGUUCACCAGGGUGUCACUAACUUCACUUCCAUCCACAAUUUUCACACCUGAUGGAGGUGAAAUAUUGAUAAAGUGCAGCAAAGUGCGAACACACGGAGUGAACAAAUACACGCAUAAAUUACUCAUGUGACUAAAACUGAAGCUUCGGCACCGCUGUAGAGACUAAAACACAUCAGAUAUGAGAUUAUUCAAACAUAACUGCCUUAUUUCCAGAUGGUUUUCACUAGUUGGAGCUCUCCCUGGCGCUCUUCUAGCUCUGUUAUCUCCUGUAGCAGUUUAACAGCAUCCAACCAGCUGUUCUACAUAUUAGUAUUAAUGCUGGUGGAUGGAAACACACACAUAUAUGACGAAAACUUGACACACAUCUGACUGUUUUAUGAUUCUAGACAGUGAAACAAUGAGCCAGAAGAUGCUGAAAACCUCAGUAGAGUUGAGGUUAGUGAAUAAUUCUCUGUUUGUUUCAGUCCUUAGAUCUGUUAAUAAUAAAAUAGAGCAGCUUCAGAUUAAAGUCAAAGCAGGACAGCAGCAGAACAUCACGAAUCUGUGGAACCAUUAAUCCUGAAGUGAAGUUUGUGCUCACAAAUAAAGUGAUGACUUCCUUCUAAACUGUGACAGAACACUUCCAGACUAACCGGCCUCGACUAAAAGCUCUUAGGAGUUUGUGCCAUAGAGGAGAACAUUUCCCCACCUGACGCCUGAAUAAGCCAUCUCUCUGCCGUCGACCUCCUCAUGAUGUUAAAGAUCCAUAGCUAUGAUCACUAUGCCAUGAAAUUAUGUGUAAGUCAAAGUAUAUCAUUCUAAAGUGAAGGCCUUUAUUUGUCCCCAUGUGAGGAAGACGAUGAAAAAUCUCACAGAGUGGUGCAUUAUUUCUGUUUUUCUGUUCGUUCACAUUUCCACCUCCGGGUGUCUCUUGUCUGUCUGUCAUAUCCAGCAUUAUUUCUCCACAGAGCAGGAGCUGCAGUUUCCUGUUUCACACACAGAGAAAGACAGACUGGGAUUCAUUUACAGAACAUGUACUCAGAGUUUCAGUGUGAGAAUACUUGACACGGGUCCGACUGGACCGGGAGCCUGAAAGCAAUAAGUGUUGAUCUGUGACGAGGUGUCAGCCCAGUUCUGCCUCAGAGCUGAAUAAAGUGCAAUAUGAAAUACUGA